AAAAUACCCUGCUUCGUGCUUCUGCACAUCGUUACCAAUCUUUACGCACACAAAUUAGCCAUUCAUUCCUCACAUUUCAACACAUUUUCCAACAAAAUAGGAACUCUUCCAAUCUCCUUCUCUUUUGCCUCGCUUCGAUUUUUUUUUCUUCGAAUGUUCGCUACCAAUGCUGCUACCAACCUCUUCUUCCCGUGCAAACCUUCGUCCUUCCGGUGCCGCGCCGCCGCCGGAGACAUCUCCGUGGGUCCCUCCUUCUUCCAGUCCGUCGCUGGAGGCCUCCGGCUAGGCCCCUUUCCCGACGGCGGAGGGCUCGCCGUGGAAGGACGCCGUGGGGGUGGGAACGAACCGAUAAGGGUGAAGAAAUGGUCUCGGAAGAACGAGAGUUAUCUGGAUAAUGACAACGAGCCUCUUCCCCUUCCCAUGACGUACCCGGAUUCCUCACCCGUUUCGCCGGAAGAGAUUGAUAGACGUCUCCAAUGCGAUCCCGAAGUUCAGGAUUGUAAAGAGGUGGUGUAUGAAUGGACUGGAAAGUGCAGGAGUUGCCAAGGAUCAGGAUAUGUUAGCUACUAUGGCAAGAGAGGGAAAGCGGUUAUGCAAAUGCAUUCCUUGCAUGGGAAUUGUUGGAGAGGUUUGAGAGAAUCAGCGAAUGCCACCCAAAAAGAUGAGGCGAAGAUAUUGUCUCUAGAAAUUAGGAUGGACAAGUUCAAAGCCACCUUGCAUAAAAUGUCAGGGACAAGUUUCCUUGAUUUCCAAUACAACCUCUCAAGGAGAAAAUAUUUAAGGAAGCCAUCACGUCUAUUCUCCCGGGACAGGCAGAACUCUGGGGUGAAUAGUGUAUAUCUUCAGCCUAACGCUGAUGAGAUGAAGCGAGUGUUUGACAAAUUUGAUUCCAAUAAAGAUGGGAAAAUUUCUCAACAGGAGUACAAAGUAACCAUGAGGGCUUUAGGCAUGGGGGACUCGGUUCAUGAAGUGCGAAAUAUAUUCAAGGUGGUUGAUUUGGAUGGAGAUGGAUUCAUCAACUUCAAGGAGUUUAUGGAAGCUCAGAACAAGGGUGGUGGGGUUAGGGCGAUGGAUAUACAUAGUGCCUUUCGGACGUUUGAUAGGAAUGGUGAUGGUAAAAUAAGUGCAGAAGAAAUCAAAGAAAUGCUAGGAAGGCUGGGAGAAAGGUGCAGCAUCGAGGACUGCCGUCGAAUGGUGAGAGCUGUGGACACUGAUGGAGAUGGCAUGGUUGACAUGGACGAGUUCACCACCAUGAUGACACAUACCCUCAGACCUCUUUGAAUCUCAUGUCUUUAAUCAGUGGAAACAACUAUACUGUCUGUAAUCGAUAAUAUUAAUAUCUAAUAGUGUAAAAACUUUCUACUUUUUAA